CCCAUGGCUUCAAUCCUUCCGUCAUGCCUCUUUCUUCUCAUGUCCAUCAUUCUUUUCUCCUCCUCCGCUCACUCCUCCCCUCAGAAUAUCCAAACUUGUUACCCUUUUCCUCUGCCACUCCAUUUCCCAACCGUCACUGAUACUACAGACAAUCUCUCCAUCUCCGGGAGAAGGCCGCCGCCGCCACCACCACCACCACAUCCACCACUUCAAGAACCGAAGAGGAUGGCGAAACCAAAGCGGAAGCUCAAGAAAGGCACCAUUAUAGCGGUGGCGGUUUCUACUGUGGCGGCUACCCUUCUGCUUUCUCUGGGUCUCCUGUUUUACAUUCGAAGACGCAUUCUUGCAAAACUCAAGGAACAUCGAGUAGAAUCUCAAGAAUUUACAAGAUUCGAUGGAAACCUUAAUGGGUUGAUUGUUGAAGAAGAUGGUCUUGAUGUGAUGUAUUGGAAGAAGGACAAUGAAGAAGAUGAAGAGAUGGGUUUUGCAAGAGAUGGAUCAAUCGUCCCUGAGAUUGUGCAAGAAACUCCUCUGCUCCAUGGAAUUUCUUCAAUGGAAGCUCCUGAUCACUCUCUGUCUAGUUCACGAGUAUUGCCAUUGCCGCCUCCUCCUCCAUCAAUGCCCCUGCCGCCUCCUCCAUCAAUCCCCCCGCCGCCCCCACCAACUGUAGUUGCCAAGACAGGGCCAUCCAAAGAUCAGGCUAGACUGAAGCCAUUACAUUGGGAUAAGAUCAAUACCAAUGUAGAUCAUUCUAUGGUGUGGGACAAGAUUGAGGACGGUUCUUUCAGCUUUAAUGGCAACCGUAUGGAAGAUCUCUUUGGGUAUGUAGCCACAGACAAGAAACUGCCAAUAGAGCAGAGUGGCCUCAACCAUGGCGGACCAAAGCUAAUCUCAAUUCUUGAUUCUCACAGGGCAAGAAACAUUGCGAUAAUUCUUAAAUCUCUGAACAUAACUCGGCAAGAACUUCUCGAUGCUCUCACGGAGGGAUAUGGCCUCGAUUCAGACACACUUGAGAAGCUUGUCAAGAUCACUCCAACCAAAGAACAACAAUUCCAAAUCCUCAAAUUUGAUGGCGAUUCAUCAAGACUUGGCGAUGCAGAAUCUUUCAUUUUCCAUCUCCUCAAGGCUUUUCCAACGGCCUUCAAUCGUCUAAACGCUAUGUUUUUCAAAUCAAGCUUCAAAUCAGAGCUUAAUCGACUCAAGGACUUUUCACAAACACUUAGUAGAGGUUGCGAAGAACUGAAGGGAAAAGGGCUAUUCACAAAAUUGUUAGAAGCAACUCUCAAAGCUGGAAAUCGGUUGAAUUCAGGAACAACGAGAGGUAAUGCAACUGCUUUCAAUCUCAAAUCACUCUUAAAACUUUCCGAUGUAAAAAGCACCGAUAGAAAAACUACAUUGCUUCAUUUCAUUGUCGAAGAAGUCAUAAAAUUCGAAGGGAAAAAACAAUUCUUAAACAAAGAUUCAAAGAAUCUAUCGGAAAAGGAAAUAGAAACCGAAUACAUAAUACUUGGAUUAUCGGCUAUGGAAUCACUCACUUCGGAGCUCUCCAACGUAAAGAAAGCAUCCACAAUCGACUAUGAAGCCUUCAUUAUCACUUGCCCUAACAUGUUAAUCAAAAUCUUAGAGAUACAAAACCUUCUAUCGAUGGAAGGUGGUGAAUACAAGAUGAAGAUGUUGGAAUUUGUGAAAUCUGCAGCGGAAGAAGUUGAGAUAGCAAGAAGAGAACAAAGAAGGGUGUUGGAUGAAUUGAAGAAGACGAACGAGUACUAUGAAACAAGGGAAACAGAAAAUCCGUUAGGGCUUUUUGUGACGGUGAGAGAUUUUGUGAGCACUCUGAAUCAAGUGUGUCAUGAAAUAGCUGGGGAGUUGAAGGAAAAGAUAAAGAUGGGAAAUAUGGAUGCAUGUCAAUCAUUGAAGAGAACAAUUAGCUUGAGAUUUCCACGUCCUGGAGAGCAUUUCAAGCGUAGAAGCUUUUCAAGUGAUUCCACAUAUUAG